AUGAACAAUGAUGAAAAUACACCCUCAAAUAUCUGUUACGAUUUUAUUACUAAAAAGUGGAGAGAUAAAGAAAAUUAAUCAUUCAAUCGUAAUUCAACUUAGUAUAGUUCUAUCAAUUCUGUUAUAGAAAAGUCUCAACAAUUUUAACAUCUUAAAUUAUCUAAUGGAUAAUAUUGGGGAUAACUUAAAAUGAGUAAACCUAAUGGAAUUGGUUCAUGUCAUUUUAAUAAUGGAUGCUUUUAUUACGGGGAAUGGAAGAACAAUGUGAUUCAUGGGUUUGGAAUUUAUUUUUUUAAUGUUGGAGGUUACAUCAAAGGAGAGUUCAAGGAAGGAUAAGCAAAUGGGAACUGCGAACUCUCUUAUUAAAAUGGUUAGCUCUAUUAAGGGAAUUUUAAGGAGGGAAAACAGAAUGGCAUUGGUAUUAAAAUUGGGAGAAGAGGAAAAGAAGUUGUAUAAUAUAAAGAUGGCAUUCGAGUAUGUUUAAGUGAAGAACCUUAAUUGAUUGAAGACACUUAAUAGAUUUUGAGAAAUCAUUUACCAUAAAUUUACAUGCAUAAUGAUAGGGUUGUUUAUGGAUUGCAAUGUGAUUUAACUGGUUUGGGAGUGAUUCAAUAUAAUAAUGGUAGAUUAGAUAUGGGAUGGUUUUAAAAUGGAUCUCUUAAUGGUAGGGGUAAGAUCAUAUUUAAGAGUGGAGACAUAUAUGAUGGAUUGUUAAAAAAUGGAUUCUUUUAAGGAAUAGGUAUAUAUAAAUUUAAUUUAUAGGUUUUUAUUUAAAUUACAAUUCUAAAUAGUUAACUGAAGGACAAUUUGAAAGAAAUUAAAUCCUAACAAUUCAAAAAUAAUGUCGUCAAUAUCCUCCCUAUUCAAAUGAUGAUUUAUCAGUAAUUGAUUAAAAAUUAUUGGUUGAUUAAAGAAUAUUGAUAAAAAAUGUUUAUUUGAAAACUAGAUUGAUGAUUGGGAAUAAAUAAUAAUAAAAUUCUUCUGAAAAAAAGCCUAAUAAAGUUAAUAAGAUCCAAGAUCUAAUAUAACAUAUGCUUUAACCUGUAAGGAGAACAUAGAAAAGUGAAAGUGGAUAACAUGAAGAGGUAAUAGAUAAUCUUUUGGCUCGAGUUCAAUCACCUUAAUAACGAAAGAACUUAGAAUAGAUAAUUAGUUAAGUAACAUCUCCAUAAAGGAUUAGAUGAUUAAUGUCAGAAUAAUGAAUGAUAAUGUUUAUAUCUGGC